AUGUCUUCAGAUUGGGCCGCUAAACUCGCUGUACCUUCAAAAUCUUCCACGUUGUGUCCUCUGAAGCCACCCCCAGAUUUCAAUGCAAAAGAAAUCUUGUCAUAUCUUUCUAGCAGCUUCAACUCGUAUCUCCAGGAUGCAAAAAACGACAAGCUGGGAGAUACCAUCAAGGUGUACAGAUCGCUUGAGUCGUCUUCUCAGUGGAAAACCAGUAAAGUCUCGAACGAAAAUGGCGGCAACACCAACGGCAAUAAAAAUAGAUACACACCUAAGGAAGUCAUUCGUAGUGGUAAUAAGAGCGACACUUUGGACUUGAUGUUUGAGAUAAACCGCUCCAUCUACCAGCAACAGAAGGAGCAGAAGGAGAAGUAA